AUGUCUAUUCAAUUACCGGAAGCUGAUACCGAGGCCAAUGUCCCCCCGGUGUCGCCACAGCCAUCCAUAUUUACAAGGGUGAUCAACAGUGUUCGGAUAUAUGGAAUUCCUGCUUUGAACUUUAUUAUAAUCACAAUUCUAGCUACAUUUCUUCUCAAAUUGACAUUCAAAUAUUCGGAAUUAUAUGUGAAAAAUUCCCUUAUCACGAUAAUUGUCACAAAUUUGGUGCUUUACGGCAUCUCGGAAACAUUGGCUCAGUCUCUUUUGAGCUAUAAUAGAUCGGCGGCUCCAUUAAGUUUCCUGGCAAGUGAAUCAUGGAUGUACACCGUCAACUCCAAUGGGGGGUAUUUGUACCGUUCUAACCAACCAGCUAAUGAUGAGCCGGAAUUGAACGACGAGGAUCAUCUAGAGCGGUUUAUGGACUAUAUUCAAGGAUAUAGCGACGAAUUGACUCCAAAUCCUCAAAUCGAUGUCAAUCAGCUUCCUAAUAAUUCCUACUUUGAAUUUGGUAGACUUGCUGGUUUUAUGUGCUGGGGCUUUAUAAUGGCAUUUGCUCAAUGCCUAUGGUACAAAUUCUUACAGAUCUACGCCACGGAUCCCAAAUUCAUUGAGGUUCUUCGCAAGGUACUUACAGACCAGCUAUGCUAUUCACCUAUCUCGCUCUUUUGUUUCUUCACAUACGGAACCAUGGUGUUGGAAAGUGGAACCUGGGACGACACAAGAGCAAAACUCCGCCAGAUCUACUUGCCCACAUUGAUCGUCAAUUAUACCGUAUGGUUUCCCGUGCAAUUCUUCAACUUUCUUGUGGUACCCCGGAGUCUCCAAGUACCAUUUUCGUCGUCAAUCUCUGUGCUUUGGAACUGCUACUUGUCAAUGCGGAACUCGCAAACAUAA